UAGGCGCGCACUCCUGCUUUCGCGUGCGAAUAUACGCUCUGCUCUCUGGCUCUGGCUGGCUGGAAUAAUAAUAAUUGUAAUUGUUAUUAUUAUAAUAAUGAUACACGUAUUGCAGCAGUGUCGCGCCGCUGCCACACUUCCGCAGCAGCAGACGUUGUAGCGCGGUGCUCCGUGCUCGAGCGAAAACGGAGCCUCGAUCUCUUCUUUAAUGCAACAACGCAACAAUUUUAAUCGCCUCUCGCUAUCAGCGCUAUUUUCGUCGUCGCAGUGGCCUGUGGUGUCUCUCUCGCUCUUCUUCCCUCUUUCUCCGUCUCUCUUGCGAUCGAGAAAAGAACAAAAUUGACCGAAAACAAAUAGUAAUUGUCCCAGCUCGCUCCGCGAUUUUUUCCUUUUUUCCCUUUUUGUUUUUAAUUAAGAAAGAGUUUCGUAGCGGCGUGGAAAUUUUUUUGCCGACUGUGCGUGUGAACACUUCGCAAGAGAAGAAUACAAAUCGUUGUCGAGUGCAGUAUAUGUAUAUCGUGCGAUUCGAAUGAUGUUGAAACGGGUGGUGCGGCGCCCAAAGUAUACGAAAAGAGUAUACGAGUGAUGUUAUCUCAAUGGUGGUGCUGAAUGAAAAAAGAGAAAAGUAAAAAAUGAGAAAAUCACGCUGAUCAGUGUCAAUUCAUCCCUUUUUGUAUUCACGAAACAAGUGCAGAUAGGCGAGCGAUGAUAAAUCAGACGACGAAUAAUCAUCCUCGUGCAGCGGAUAAAGCCUCCUCGGGAUCUUCGUACGCCAACAACGGCCGCAGCAGCGGAUUCAACGACAAAAACUCGUAAUAAAUUACACAGCUGAGGCUAGACGUGGGCGACGACGACGACGUUCGAUGCACGUGCCAAUGAGUAGAUGAAGCGAGGAAUGGAGGCCUCGUGGCGGGGGCAGCAGCAGCGAGGGCACUGCCGCGAUACUUUACCGGACCAGUACCUCUCGUCGUUCAAAAUAAACAGUCUCAAGCAAUUUUCAGUGAAAAGAAUCAGUCGCUGGAGCAAAACUAGAAGAUCCAAAAGACCGAGAAGCAUGGCGGUCGAGUCAAGAGUAACCUAUGGAAGGUCGGCGGACGAGGAAAAACGAGUCUCAGCGGCGACGUCAGCGACAACAGCGACAACGGGUCUACUGAGCUCGAGCAUCGGGCCCCGUCCGAUGGCACUUGUCCCCUGGCACUGAGCGAUGCGCGUAGUUGGGGCCGAGGCCCAGCUAGUGAGCAUGUGGCUCACUAGAGAAUGAAGAAGCAAAACGUCCGGACUUUAUCGUUGAUCGUCUGCACGUUUACCUAUCUCCUCGUUGGCGCAGCAAUCUUCGACGUGCUCGAGUCCGCGACGGAGAAACGACGCAAGGAAGCUCUGGACGCUAUCGAAAGAAUGAUCAUAAGGAAGUAUAAUAUCAGCGCGGACGACUACAAGAUAAUGGAGACGGUGGUGUUGAAGUCGGAGCCACACAAGGCCGGCCAGCAGUGGAAGUUCGCCGGGGCGUUUUACUACGCCACCACGGUACUCACCACUAUUGGUUACGGACACUCGACGCCCAACACCAUUUACGGCAAGCUUUUCACCAUGUUCUACGCGAUCAUCGGCAUACCGCUGGGCCUCGUCAUGUUCCAGAGUAUCGGCGAACGUCUAAACAAAUUUUCUUCAGUUGUCAUAAGAAACGUUAAAAAGCUCCUCAAUUACAAAGAAGUAAAGGCCUCAGAAAUCAAUCUAAUAUGUGUGGUGACGACCCUGUCGAUAUUGACGAUCGCCGGCGGUGCCGCGGCGUUCUCGCGCUACGAGGGCUGGUCCUACUUCGACUCCGUCUACUACUGCUUCAUCACACUGACGACCAUCGGCUUCGGCGACAUGGUGGCGCUGCAGAAGGACAAUGCCCUCGACAACAAGCCCGAGUACGUCAUAUUCGCCCUGAUAUUCAUCCUGUUCGGGCUGGCGAUCGUCGCCGCCUCCCUCAAUCUGCUCGUUCUCCGAUUCGUCACGAUGAACACCGAGGACGAGAGGCGAGACGAGGCCGAGGCUCUCCAGGCCGCGCAAGGGGCCGUCCGACUCGAGGGCGACGUGAUCACCGCCAACGGCUCGAUACUGUCGGGCCAGCUGGGCACCCACGGCGAGACGGUCUCGCUCGACGACGACACCUCGGUCUGCAGCUGUCGCUGCAGCGGCUUCUACAAGAAGCGCCGGCGUCCCCGCUUCACCGUGCGCCGCUCGCCCGGCAAGAUAUCGCACCUGCUGCCGAUGCAGCCGCUCCACCAUCACGGCAGCCUGAACGGCGGGGGCGGCGGCGGUGGCAGCAGCAGCUGCUGCGGCGACGACGACUGCGCCACGACGCCCGACCAGGACGACUACAUGCUGCAGCACAUGCCGGCCUCCGCCUCGCACACGCCCCACCACCAUCAUCCACAGCAGCAGCAGCAGCAGCAGUCGAUUCUUCAUCUGCAUCAUCAUCAGCUGGAGCACGCGGACCUGGUGGCCGACGAUCUGCCGCAGCACGAGUACGUGAUGAGGCCGUCCUCGUUGGCGCCGCUGCUGCAGCUGCCGCCGAUCUAUCAGCAUCGGGCCAGCAUCUGAUCAUCGGCACUCGUUCAGCAGCAGCAGCAGCAGCAGCAGCAGAUUAUUAUACUUCGGAGAUUGAGCCGCACCGGCUCGCUCUAGCGUUCGAACGCGCACCUCAGCAGGCGACGGGUGACAAUUACAUUGAAUGCACCCAUGGAUUGGGUUAGUACGGUUACUGCGUGCCAGAGUUUCCUUCCAACCUAUCUUGUACUGUACAGACAUUGCAUAAUCGAGAGAUUGGCUUUUUUUUAGACGCUCGCGACGCCGGAUUCGUAUCCGUUCCGUUCGACGAAUCACCGAUGAAAUUGAACGUUGGCGUGGGCUACAUAUAUAUGACACAACGACUGUGCGCGUCUACGACGAAUCCCGAGCGUUUCGCAUCGCUCGCACACCUCUUCUGCUUCGACGCGUGUGCCAUUCAUAUUAAUUUUUAAUUUCAAUCUCUCGGUUCAUGCUUCAUCCUCGGGAAGGAGAAACGCGAAUGAAAAAAUAUUGAAUAAAAAUGAUAAAAAAAAAAAAGAAACGUGCGAGAAACGAUUUUUCCAAAUCGAACGACGUAAUUAUAAAAUUAUUAUUCUACGAGUUUAUGGGAGUAGAUAGGAAACGAAGAAAACUUACAGACAACAGCAAAAUGUAAAACAAGUAAAACUUGUAAGAAACGAAACCAGACACGUAUCUCACAACGUAUAUAGAGUUCUCGAGACAAAGACUUAACGACUAUACGAAAAUUAUAAGCUACUUAUAUUAUAAUAAAAAAAAAAUAUAUAUGAAAACGAAAAUCGAGAGUCAAGCUCUGAAUGUUGUGUGCGGGAUACACAAUGUAAAAUAACGAGUGAAACUUAUAAGAGAAACGAAAUGAAAGACGAUUAUAAAGCAGGCAACUUUUUUUGUCAAUUUGCGACUUUUGCCAAACUAUACAUCGAUAGUAUACGUCGAGGUGGGACGCAAUUGACGAUGAUCGGAGCGACUUUUUCUGUAUAGUUACGAUAAAAUAAAUAUAGUUUCCCCUGUGGUGCCUCACCAAAAUUCGCGUAUAUCGACACUUACAUAAAUGGUAUAGUGUGUAAUUAGGCAUUUCCUUUAUAUACAUUUCUUCCUUCGAUAAUAAUUAACGAAAAAAAAACUUCAAGAACUGCAUGAUCUACAUAAAACACAAUAAUGCGAAUCAUCGAUCGCUUCGGCCGUGAAAAACCGGACGAGCUUAUUAAACAUUAUCAAGUACAUGACACACCUGAUAUUCGUUUGCUACGACGAGAGAAAGAGUGAGAAGCAUUAACAAGUUAACGAACAAGUUUUUCAAUUAUGUAAAAAAAAUCGCCUUUUUCCCUUAAAAUGUUCCAAAAGUAUAACUAGAAAGGAGAUAUUACGAUAAAACCUCUUCCUUAUCAUUGUAAUGUAAAUGAAUUAAAUAUGAAUAUUUCGAAAAAAAACGGGAGUUAUGAAGGAUAAUUUUUAAGAUUAAAAAAUUGAUCAAUGAUUUGAUCUCAAAGAGCCGCACCAAAGCUCAAAUCGUUUUCUGAUUUAUAUUAUAAAAGUAGUGUGUUCUGAAAGACUGAGUGUGUUAAAGAGGUGCCAAUAGGAAUGAAGUAUUAUUCACGGACACGAUUGACAGUUUUCGGAGUUGUGAAAAAUUAAUUAUAUAAUCGUUAAUUAAAUUAGUCUCUUUGAUUUCGUCCUUUUGAAUUUAGACGUCUUCUUAAUUUGAAGCGUUAAAAAAAUUUAACUCAACUGCCAAAAAUUCCUUAUUAACCAUUAAACGAUUUAGAGAAAAAUUAACUCUUGUAUAUACAUAAAUUAUGAAUUAGUUUAUAUUUAAAAAUGUUAAAGUAUCAAAGUAUUUAUGAAAUAUUAAUUAGAAAACUUUAUGAUUUAUGAAAUUAUAUUUGUUAUAAUUAGAAACAAGAACAGAGAUUUCAAAACGCAGAAAAUUUAGCGUGAGAAAUAUCGAGUAUGAAUGCAUCAAUUGUGUGAAAAAAUAGAUUUUAAUUGAAACAAAAAGAUUGAUAUAAUAUAUCUAUAUAUACAAUACACUGCUAAAUUAAU